ACCUCUCAAACUCUCAAAGUUUUUUUUGUGCACCUGAACACAACACUGAUGGCUGAUCUUCAUCACUUGCGUUUCAGAGACCCUCUGGUCCAAUCAGAAGCCUCCACGGCCUGCUUCCUGCCCACUGGCUCGGGCUGGAGGACUCCUGGUUCCACCUGAACGGUUAGAGGAGGAGGAGGAGGAGUGAUGAAGAGGUUCUGCUGGGUCUGGUCCUGUCACGGUGACUCAGCAGCUCUGUGGGUUUAUAAAGAGGCUGAGAUGUUGGGUGUGCACCUCAGAGACCAUGGCCUGGCUCCUCUUCAUCACCUGCGUCCUGGUGUGCUGCCCCGAGCUGCUGCGGGGGGAAGCCUCAGGUCCCGGCAGCUGUGACCUCAGCUUGAGACGACACCUCCAUGCCUUUGACUCUUCUCCUCUUCCUCAGUGUGAUGAAGGUGGCAGCUUCCUCCCUGUUCAGUGCAGAUUCAUCAACAUGACAGACCGCACCCAGAUAGACCUGCUGAACUCCUACAACAG